GCCCAAUUGUUUUUGCAAUUUGCCAAGAUAUUUUCACAAUUCUGUGCCUUUAAAGUUCAUCCCUUUAACCCUUAAACCCUUGCCAAUCCAAAACCCUAGAUCGUCUUUUUUUCUCUUCGUGUCUCAUAGUAUUCGUGGAAAAUGGCGUUCUACAAUAGGAUUGGGAGCGUACUGAGUCAGACUCUAUCGCAAUAUUCUGCCCCUUCGAUGAUGAAUGCUGUUCGAUGCAUGUCUUCAAAGCUCUUUGUUGGAAGUCUUUCAUGGGGAACUGAUGAUUGCUCCUUGAAAGAAGCAUUUUCCCAAUAUGGUGAAGUAGUAGAGGCAAGGGUUAUCACCGAUAGAGAAACCGGAAGGUCGAGGGGAUUCGGGUUUGUCACUUUUACCGACACUGAAUGUGCAAACAAUGCACUUUCCAUGGAUGGCGCGGAUCUGCAAGGCCGUAACAUUCGUGUAUGCAUUGCUAACGAGAGGCAACCUAGACCAAACAGUGGGUACGGUAGUGGUGGUGGCGGCGGCGGCUAUAAUAAUGGUGGCUUCUAAUCCAGAACGAGCCAAGAAAUACUAGUUACUUUUAGCUAAGUGGCCGAAGGAAAAUUGGAUGUAAUUUAGCUUUGGCCUUUCUUUUGAUGAAUAUUUUGUUGGCUUACUUGUUUUGUGAUUUGUUAUGCAUUUCUGGUUUUUAUAAUAUAAUUAGUAAGGCAGAGUAAUGAUGCAAUACCUGCAUUCUGCACAUAAAA